CUGAAGCAGGAGUUUGUUUGAAAGCAGGAGACCACCGAGGAAAUAGAAACUGCUGUUUAUUAGCAAAUAUGUACCGAUCAGAAAUCCGCUUAUCUCAGUGACAUAUUCUGCUCCGUGUUUUCUUCAGUAGGAAACCAACAUGGGCACAGGCUUGGCCAUUGUGCUAGUUUUUGUCGGAUGCUGUAGCAAUGUGGUGUCUCUGGAGCUGCUUGUAAGAGAGUUUCCAGGAUGUGGCAAUAUAGUCACCUUCUCUCAAUUUAUAUUCAUCACGUUAGAAGGUUUCAUCUUUGAGACUAACUUUGGGAGGAAGAAACCAGCAAUCCCUAUAAGAAACUAUGUGAUCAUGGUGACCAUGUUCUUCACGGUCAGUGUGAUCAACAACUACGCUCUCAACUUCAACAUCCCCAUGCCGUUACACAUGAUCUUCAGAUCAGGAUCGCUAAUCGCCAACAUGAUCAUGGGAAUAAUCAUCUUGAAGAAGAGGUACUCAGCAAGUAAAUAUCUGUCCAUAGCUUUAGUUUCAGCUGGUAUCUUCAUCUGCACCAUCAUGUCUGCCAAACAAGUGAAUAUGGCCAGUGAGGGAUCAGAAGAGCAAGGCUUUUAUGCCUUCAUGCACUGGCUUCUAGGUAUUGCCAUGCUGACCUUUGCUCUGCUGAUGUCUGCGAGGAUGGGCAUUUUCCAGGAAAAGCUAUACAAGCAGUAUGGAAAACACUCCAAAGAAGCCCUCUUCUAUAAUCACUGCCUACCCCUGCCGGGCUUCCUGCUCCUCUCCACAAACAUCUACAACCACUGUGUCCACUUCAGUCAAAGCACUCCUGUAGUUGUUCCUGUGGUUGGACUGACUGUGCCGAUAAUGUGGGUCUACCUGCUGGUCAACGUCAUCACACAAUAUGUGUGCAUCCGCGGUGUGUUCAUUCUGACCACAGAGUGCGCCUCGCUGACCGUCACUCUGGUGGUGACCCUGAGGAAGUUCCUCAGCCUCAUCUUCUCCAUCAUUUACUUCCAAAACCCCUUCACGACCUGGCACUGGGUGGGCACGGCUGUGGUCUUCCUGGGCACUCUGCUGUACACGGAGGUGUGGAGCAGCGUGCAGGCGGCUCUGCGUGGACCCGACGUCAAGGAGAAGAAGGCCGAGUGACGACAAAGAAGACGAGACUGGUGCUCGAACAGAAAAACAGCCACUGUGUUGGACUUAGAUUGUUUUUGGUCCACUAUCCUGCAGCGAUUUUAUACAGUUGUGUCAUUUUGUUUUCUUACUUUAUAGCACGUCGUAGACCAUAGUUAACCCCUCUCAUGCAAACACACAACAGUUGAAAGGAUAAAGCUGCUGAUAUUCUACAUUUUCAUUAUUGUCAAAUCCCAAAAAUCACCAUGUUUCCAUAUCUAAACCCUGUCAGUGUCACCCAGCCUCAAGUCCAUUCAACAGUGGAUCACAUGACUACUUAAAUGUGAAAUCGCUCAUAGUGAUGAACCAGCAGAGAAUAUCACCUGACUCUGCAGCUCCUCUCAGCUCUAUGGAGCUUCAUGAAGAGUUUCACUCCUCACUCACUGUUUAGCUGUGCGGCUGCAACUGUACUGUUUUUGUUUACUCACAGUGAUCUAUUUCCAGCAACAAGAAGCUCUAAAAAGCCACUGUCGCUACCUGCCCAGCACCAAACAGCACACAGACACAGUUAGCAACUAGCAGGUGAACGUAGUGGAGCAUUUAGCAGCUAAAGAGCCAGAUGUUUCCCCUCAGGAGUUGGUGGAGACCAAAGAUGGAGCUAAAGGAGAGUGAACGCUGUUACUCAAUUCAUCGGGUGUAAUCGUGUAAAACUGUUUGCUACGAGUUCACCAUAACAAAAGGUGAAUAUAUGUCCAGCAGCAGUUCAAUGAUUACUUGAUAAUUAGAACAUUAAUCUGAAACGGUUUUCUAUAAUUGAUUACUAGUUUGUAAUUUUUUAAGCAAAAAUCCCAAACCUGUCUUAGAUUAUAGUAAAUGUAAUAUUUUUGGCCUGUUGGUCGGGCAAAACAAGAUAUUUGAUGAAGUCACCUGUUGCCUAAAGAUUUUGUGAUGCGAUUGUUUCACUAUCUCCUGAACUUUCAUAGACCAAACGAGUGAUAUCAUUUUAGAUUUUUUAAGAUUUGAAACAAUGUCCUAAAACAGCUGGACACUGUAGUUUUUUUUACUCAAACAAGAGUAAAUGGUUAAUUUGUGGGGACUAUUUUCAACUGCGGAUAAAUACACUAAUUGGUGCACUUAUGUUUACCUACAGCACCUGGUGGUGUUUACUGCCCCUGUUAGGGUUACUGAUGUGUGUUUGAGCUCCUACAGAAACCAGAUAGAAAAUGUAGAAUAUCACCAGCACUGUUCUGUACUUCUAGUACCUCGUUAGCAUUUGAAGCAGAAUCAUGGUGCCACUUUGUUUUGUGUGUGAUGCUGUUUAGAUAUUCACUUUCUAAACGUGACUGAUGAUUACACUGAACACCGUAACGUGAUGCUGAAUGGACAAAAUACAUGAUAUACAUGUAUUAUGUGGAGACAGUCUGAAUAUACAGAGGGGUGGUUUGUAAAGAUCAUGCAGUAGCUGUGAUUUUUUCCCCUCUUGUCUGAUUGUCUCAGGUGUAUUGGAGUAGUAUUUGUCAACAGGAAACAUUACAUUGUACUGUACAAUAAAUCGUUACACU